GGCAGAGGGGUUUGUGUUGGGUGUUGUGACUUCAAGAGAAAUAUCUAAUACGUGGGAGAAGGGAGAGGAUAAUAAUAAAAGAAAUAUAUAAGAUUUAAAAAAAAGGUUCAAGUCAAAAUUUGAGAGAAGAACAAGAAGGGAAAGCAAAUUUGAAAAAUUAAUUGAAGACUUCAUGGGAGAUGAGCUAACAUGUUGGAGCUAGGCUUUGGAUUUAUGGUGUAAUGAAAGGAAAAUCUUGUUCAAGUGUUUAAAGCAGAGGAAUGAAGGUGUUUUGGAUUAGGAGUCGUCAUUUAGUCAAAACAAGAGUGAUGCUAUUUGCAUUGUUGUUUGGGAUUUGGAUGCCUUUGGGAGUCAUUGGUGUCCCUAAAAACAUUACCACUUCUUCAAAUCCAACGGUGUUGAAUGUUGGAGUUCUCUUCACUUUCGAUUCGGUUAUUGGAAGGUCUGCACAGCCAGCGAUUUUAGCUGCCAUGGAUGACAUCAAUGCUGAUAACGACAUUCUUCAAGGAACAAAGCUAAACUUGAUCCUACACGACACGAACUGCAGCGGAUUUCUUGGAACUGUGGAAGCCUUGCAGUUGAUGCAGGAUGAAGUGGUUGCUGCUAUUGGGCCACAAUCUUCGGGCAUCGCUCAUGUCAUUUCCCAUGUUAUUAAUGAACUCCAUAUUCCACUUCUAUCAUUUGGAGCUACAGAUCCUGCUUUAUCUGCACAGGAAUACCAAUAUUUCGUUCGAACCACACAGAGUGAUUACUUCCAGAUGAAUGCAAUUGCUGAUAUAGUAGAUCAUUUUGGAUGGAGAGAGGUUGUUGCCAUUUUUGUAGAUGAUGAUAAUGGCAGGAGUGGGAUAUCUGCAUUGAGUGAUGCCUUGGCGAAGAAGCGAGCCAAAAUCUCAUAUAAGGCUGCUCUUCCUCCUGGAUCCCCCAAUAGCGCAAUAAGCGACUUGUUGGUUUCGAUCAACCUGAUGGAAUCUCGAGUUUACAUUGUACACGUCAACCCUGACAGUGGUUUAUCAGUAUUUUCAAUAGCUAAGAAACUUCAGAUGUUAGAUAGUGGCUAUGUUUGGAUCGCAACAGAUUGGCUUCCUUCUUUUCUUGAUUCUUUUGAAACAAAUAGUCCUGAUGUAAUGAAUCAGCUACAAGGUGUUGUUGCUCUUCGUCACCACACCCCUGAUGGCAAUCUGAAGAAAAACUUUAUCUCCAAAUGGAGGAAUCUAAAAUUCAAAAAGAGUCCAAACUUCAACUCUUAUGCACUCUAUGCAUACGACUCUGUUUGGUUAGCAGCUCGUGCUCUCGACACAUUCAUUAAAGAAGGUGGAAAUAUAUCCUUUUCCAAUGACCCGAAGUUACGUGAAAAUAAUGGAAGCAUGCUGCACUUAAAAUCCCUCCGUGUGUUUAAUGGCGGUGAACAACUUCUACAAACAAUUAAGAAAACGAACUUCACAGGUGUAAGUGGGCGAAUUCAAUUUGGUGAUGAUAGAAAUUUGAUUAAUCCAACUUAUGAUAUCCUCAACAUUGGGGGAACUGGUUCACGUAGAAUUGGUUACUGGUCAAAUUAUUCUGGUCUAUCAGCUAUUGCACCAGAAAAGUUGUAUACCAAGCCUCUUAAUGCUUCCCCAAAUAACCAUCUCUAUAGUGUCAUAUGGCCCGGUGAAAUAACGACCAUUCCUCGAGGAUGGGUGUUUCCACACAAUGGGAAACCAUUACAAAUUGUAGUACCUAACCGAGUGAGUUACAAAGCCUUUGUGUCUAAAGAUAACAAUCCUCUAGGUGUUAAAGGAUAUUGUAUAGAUGUGUUUGAAGCAGCCAUAAACUUGUUGUCUUAUCCAGUUCCUCACACAUAUAUAUUAUAUGGAGAUGGAAAGGACACUCCUGAGUAUAGCAAUCUUGUAUAUGAAGUUUCACAAAAUAAAUAUGAUGCGGCUGUUGGAGAUAUUACUAUUGUAACAAAUAGGACGAAGAUUGUAGACUUCACACAACCAUUUAUGGAAUCGGGACUUGUUGUAGUUACUGUCGUCAAAGGGGAGAAGUCUAGUCCAUGGGCUUUUCUCAGGCCAUUUACUAUUCAAAUGUGGGCUGUCACUGCUUUAUUCUUUAUUUUUGUUGGAGCCGUUGUCUGGAUUCUUGAGCAUCGGACUAACGAAGAGUUUCGUGGUCCACCGAGGCAACAACUAAUUACAAUAUUUUGGUUUAGUUUCUCGACAAUGUUCUUUUCUCAUAAGGAAAACACAGUAAGCACUCUCGGAAGAUUGGUGCUGAUAAUAUGGCUUUUUGUUGUGUUAAUUAUCAACUCAAGCUACACAGCUAGUUUGACGUCGAUUUUAACGGUGCAACAACUAACAUCGAAGAUUGAAGGGAUUGAUAGCUUAAUCUCUAGCAAAGAUGCCAUUGGAGUUCAGGAAGGGUCAUUUGCAUUGAAUUAUUUGACUGAUGAACUGAAUAUAGAAGGAUCUAGGAUCAUUAAACUGAAAAAUCAGGAUGAGUAUGAUGAUGCUCUUCGGCGUGGACCAGAAAAUGGUGGGGUCGCUGCCAUUGUUGACGAGCUUCCUUAUGUUGAACUUUUUCUGGCUGGUACCAAUUGCGUAUUCAAGACAGUUGGACAAGAGUUUACGAAAAGCGGAUGGGGAUUUGCGUUCCAAAGGGACUCUCCUCUCGCAGUUGAUUUAUCAACAGCGAUUCUUCAACUCUCAGAGAAUGGUGAUCUUCAAAAGAUCCAUGACAAAUGGCUCUCACGAUCUGAGUGUUCCCUGGGUUUGAACCAAGCCGACAUAAAUCAACUAUCACUGAGUAGCUUUUGGGGAUUGUUCUUAAUUUGUGGCAUUUCCUGCUUUAUUGCUCUUUUGAUAUUCUUCUUUCGAGUACUAUUCCAAUACCGAAGAUUUACCCCAGAAACUCAGCCUGAAGUCGAGCAAAUUGAACCUGUUAGAACGAGACGCCUUAGUCGUACAACCAGCUUCAUGCUUUUUGUAGAUAAAAAAGAAGCAGAAGUCAAAGACAAGCUUAAAAGAAAAUCAAGUGAUAACAAACAAGCUAGCCAGAGUUUAGAGGGCCACUCUAAUUCACCUCCAUGAUUUAGAGGUAACAUGUUUUAAAUUCCAUUUAUUUUAUAUUUAAUUUUCUAUUUCUAACAACACUAUCAUGUUACACUUUGUAGAAGUAUGUGCAUACUAAACUACUAUCCAUUGGGGUUAUUAGCUUAUCCGUAAUUUCUUCCUAUAUUUUCUACUAGGUAGCACUUGUUGAGCUUUUAAAUGAUUGUAUGAUCACACGUCUUCUUUUAUAUGUACUUCUGUUCUUUGCAGAAGCAAUAAUAUUGGAAAUAGGAGGUUUCGAUGUGUUGUUUAUAUUUGUACAUUGAAAAUUUUUAUAAAGAAGUGUGUUGAGUACUUCAAGUCAAGCCCACAUUAUAUGUUGUGUUUCGAGUCAUGUAGUUUGACAAUAAAUUUGGCACUCGAUAGGGAGCCUAUUUUUGUAACAUCUCAUCUUAUGCUUGGUAGGGUAGUUUAGGCGUAGGGUAGGGUGUGCCAAAAAUGAUAGGUGGGGAUCACUUCUUGUCGAGUAAUGUAUCCAUCGGUCAAUACAAUGAUUCUUUACUCUUUCUUUUUUGUUUUCUCGUUUUCUUGAAGUUCUUCGUGAAGGGAGUGGGUUACGAGGAGAGCUUGUUGUGCAUUGGAAAUUUGAAACUUAGCCUUUAGAAGGUGUUAUCGUUGAUGCACAUUAAACAAAUCAGCGAUACUUGUGUAAUGGCUAGCCUUGAUAGCGGUUCUCAUCGACAUAAAUAUAAUACCACUCUUAUCAUC